AUGAGAGAUAAACUAGACCAAGUGGACCACAGUGAGCUUCCUGAUUCAAGCGAGCGUCCUGCGACACCUGAUGCUGAAGGUGGACUGACAAGCAGGGGCCCCAAACAAGUCCUGGACUCCGCCGGGGAAUUCAAUAACCGCGUGUGUGAUCUCAGCGGCCACACCCAGAACCUCUUCCGCAAGUUGGGUGCUUGGGGUCACAUCGAGGGUAUUCGAGCCCAGCCUGUGAGACGGAUGCAGCUAUGGGAGUCGUGUUCCGAGGCGAUGAUGACGUUCGACGAGCAAGAUCAAGAGGAUGUCGUCGCCCACAUCGUCGAGAAUGACGUCAUCCUCCACGCCAUCAAGCAACAAGUACCGGAUCAGGUGGAGGUGGAAUACAACACAAAGGUCGAAGGUUACGAGCUACCUCUCGACCCUUCCUCUCGAGUGACCAUCUCUCUCCAUGACGGCAGGAAGCUCUCCGCAGAUCUCCUGAUAGGAGUCGACGGUGCCAAGUCUCUAGUACGACCAGACCAUGGGCACUCAAAACCUGGGCUGGGAGUACGACCAGAUGGGCAUUGUGGCGACGCUGUAGUUAUCCGAGGCAGUAGACAACACUGCAGCCUGGCAAAGGCUCUUUCCCACGGGCCCUGUCGCUCUUCUGCCGCUAUCGGAUGGCCGCAGUUCCCUCGUCUGGUCGACCACGAAGGAACACGCCCGAAAAUUUUUACUGCUUUCGGACGAGGAGUUUACCGAUGCCCUCAAUAG